UUUGCUUUUAAGUGAUCAGCUGAAGACAAGCCGCUCCACUGCUAUCCGCAGGAACCCUUCUCAUUGUAAUAUACGAGCAGCAAAAAUCAGUAUCUUUAAAUUACUGGAAAGACUUUAAAUGUUUUUUUUUUUUUCAUUUUAAUUAAAAAUACACAGUGGAUGACAGACAAACUUCAGUUAAUACAAUGGCUCAGAUGGAUGCAGAGUUUGAUUUGAAGAGCAGCAGCAGCAGCAGCAGCAUCAGGGAAUGGAGUGGAAAGGUUCAUCCAGCUCUGGUCGCCUCUUUUGUUUUUCUCGUCUGUCUGGAAGCCUGUCUGUGGGUCAGAAACCUCAGGCUCAAGAGAAGACUACCAGGACCCUUCGCCUGGCCCGUUGUUGGCAAUGCUUUGCAGCUGGGUCAGAUGCCUCACAUCACCUUCUCCAAUCUUGCCAAAAAAUAUGGAGACGUCUAUCAGAUACGCCUGGGCUGCAGCGACAUCGUGGUUCUGAACGGAGCCCGGGUAAUCCGGGAGGCCAUCAUAGAGCACAGCACGGAGUUUGCAGGCCGACCAAGCUUUGUCUCCUUUCAGCUUGUCUCAGGUGGGAAGAGUCUGACCUUCACAAAUUACAGCAAACUGUGGAAGAUGCACAGGAAAAUAGCUCAAACGACAAUCAGAGCUUUCUCAUCUGCCAGCAGCAAGACCAAAAAAUCAUUUGAGCAUCACAUUGAAGCUGAAGCCAAAGAGCUAGUUGGAAUCUUCCUCAAACUAAGUGUUCAGGGUCAAUAUUUCAACCCUGGGCAUGAGCUGACUGUAGCUGCUGCUAAUGUCAUUUGCGCCUUGUGUUUUGGGAAGCGAUAUGGACACGAUGAUGCAGAGUUCAGAGCCUUGUUGCAUCAGGUAGAUCAGUUUGGACAGACAGUAGGAGCUGGCAGUCUGGUUGAUGUGAUGCCAUGGCUUCAGUCUUUCCCUAAUCCAGUCCGAAAUACCUUCAAGAGUUUUAAAUGCUUGAACCAAGAGUUCUUUCAAUUUGUCAAGAAUAAAGUGGACGAGCAUAGAAAGACCUUUGACCCGGAGGUCAUACGGGACAUGAGUGAUGCCAUCAUUGAUGCCUUUAAUGAGACAGACAGCACCACUGAGCUCACCAAAGAGCACACAGAGGCAACUGUGGCAGAUUUGGUAGGUGCAGGUAUGGAUACAGUUUCUACUGCUCUUCACUGGAUUGUGCUCCUGCUGGCCAAACACCCUGACAUGCAAACCAAACUUCAGGAGCUCAUCGACAUGGUGGUGGGGAGGAACAGACUGCCGUCUGUUGAGGACAGACUGCAGUUACCAUAUCUGGAUGCCUUCAUCUACGAGACAAUGCGCUUCACCAGCUUCGUGCCUGUCACCAUCCCCCACUCCACGACAGCCGAUGUCUCCAUCAGCGGUCUACAAAUCCCUAAAGACACAGUGGUCUUCAUCAAUCAGUGGUCUGUCAAUCAUGACCCUCUGAAGUGGAAGGACCCUCACAUCUUUAACCCCUCUCGCUUCUUGGAUGAAAACGGCUCGCUGGAUAAGGAUGUAACAAACAACGUAAUGAUCUUCUCAGCAGGGAAGAGGCGCUGCAUCGGAGAACAAGUCGGCAAAGUUGAAAUAUUUUUAUUCUUUGCAGUUCUCCUCCACCAAUGUAGCUUUGAAAAAUGCCCAGAUGAGGACUUCUCCUUGAACUGCUCUUACGGUUUAACUCUGAAGCCUUUAGAUUACAAGAUCACGGCCAAAAUAAGAGGAGAAUUGAUCAACAGUGGGUAAAAAUCUGAGUGAUUAUGUUCAGUAAUAAAUCAUGCAUGUAAACUAACAAAAAUAUAAAAUUUAAAGCAAAAAGUAACAUUUUAAA